AUGAAAGGAGUCGUCGAGGGACAAUGUGGCCAACAAAAUGCCCUGGUCGGUCUGGCAAACACUUUUGGAACAUCAAACCAAAGAGUGGCACCAAGUACAGCGGCUUCAUCCAUGAUGCCUUCCUCCUCUCUUGGUGAGCAAAUGGCCAACGAGUUCCUACGACAACAAGCAAACACAAUGGCACCACAAGUUUUAAACCAACUAGCUACACAAUGGACCCAACAGUACACCGCUGGUACCACAUCCCAAGGAAUGGAAUCCGCGUGGCGUCAAGCUAUGCCUCUCUCCUCUGCUUCAAUUGCUCAUCCCCAAGAUUCUGGAAUGUGGUCUUCUGAAUAUCUUGACACCGUUGACACUUCCCUCCAACAAGGCAGCAACGCUUGGGCGGAUGACUUUUUGGGAAAUCAGGACCCAAUGGAGAAAGUGUGGGAUGGUCAGCAGGCAUUUGAACAGCGAUGGGAAGAGAUUAAGAGGGAUAUGGAGAAGGAGGAGACGAUUCAGAAUGUCGCUGGAUAUGUUUAUCAGGAUACCAACCCUUUCAUGUCUAUAACGAAUCCCCUUCAAGAGGGUGAUAAUUUGAUGAAAAACGGAGACAUUGGAAAUGCGAUGCUGGCUUACGAGGCCGCAGUCCAGAAGAAUCCACAGGAUGCGGGAGCCUGGUGUAAGCUAGGCUUGGCUCAUGCCGAAAAUGAGAAGGAUCAGUUGGCAAUGCAAGCGUUCAACAAGUGUCUCCAGAUCGAUGCCGGGAAUAAGGAUGCCCUUCUAGCACUAUCAGUGUCCCAAGCCAACGAAGGACAAGAAAAUGAAGCACUUCAUCAGUUGGAUAAAUGGAUGUCUUCUUAUUUGGGUUCCAACACCACCCAAGUCACCAACAACGCGCCAAUGUACUCAUCUUUCCUGGAUAACGAGACGUUUAACAGAGUAGAAGCCAGAUUCCUAGAUGCCGCCCGUCAACAAGGUGCCACGCCGGAUCCAGAUCUUCAGAAUGCGCUAGGCGUGUUGUACAAUCUUAAUAGGAAUUUUGCCAGAGCAGUUGAUUGUCUGAAAUUGGCAAUUUCUAGAAAUCCAGCGGACGCCCGUCUCUGGAAUCGUCUCGGAGCAACACUUGCCAACGGAGAUCGCACAGCUGAAGCAAUUUCAGCUUAUCGAGAGGCACUAAAAUGUACCCAACAUAUAUCCGCAGCCAUUCGAACAUCAAACAUCCCUGAAACCCUACUUCGUGCCGUGGAAACCAGAGAUUUGGGUGCAGUAAAAGCGUCGAUGGGUUGA